CGUAUGCACAGCAGAGAGAAACAGUGCCUGGAAGAGAACCAAAUGCAACAGUGAGAAACUUCUACAGAAAUGGGUCUCUGAAAACUGUAUGAAGAAGAAUUAAAAUACAAUGCAGAGUGUUUUGUAAGACUGUCAAGCAAGCUAUCUUUCAGACAUGCCACUGGGAAAGAAAGUGCGUCCCAGCUCAGCCUCUGGAAAAUUAGAAACCUACCACAUUACCAGCAUUUUAGAGGAGAUAAGGCCAGCAACUGCAAAACUUGGUUCACUACGGCACCGUGCAAAAACGUCAGUAGCUGGCACCAGGUCUGAUGCUGUUCAUUGGCACUUUCAGUGGGAGGAACCACAGAAGAGCGAACAGCCUCCGGAAUGGCUGGAAAAGGAGUUACUGAAGCAGCAGCACAGACGCCAUUCCGUUAGUCUCGCUCAGAAUGUAGCAGACAAUGAAAAUAUCCUCCGAUCAGCGGAUCCUACAAGAAGUCUCCAAAAGUUAAAGAUUGAACAGAGAGUAUCACUUGGAAAUCUAGAGAAACUCAAGGUGGCUUUUGAGGAAUUUGAAAAGAAUGGCAGGAGAUCUUUGGAUGAGGUCAACUUCAAGCGAAUCGUUAAGAAGUGCUCAGGACUACAUGGGAUUAGUGAUGAACAAAUAGAAGAGUUGUUUAAGAAGAUUGAUUAUUCUGCAAAGGGCAAAAUUCAGUGGAAUGAGUUUUGCACAUACAUGCAGUUGGAGUAUGCAGAGAAGGAAGAGUCUGCAACCCGGAAGAAAGAGGUCACCUUUGCAGUUCCUGCGACUAUAAGAGAAAUGUCUCAUGGGGACCCCGUACUCAAUAUCCGCACAACACCUGACAACACAUUUAUAACUGUAAGAGAGGAUGGGAACAUCAACUACUGGUGUCCUCAACUAAAGCUAAAGAGAAGCAAGACUGUCUUUGACAGACCAACAAACAGAAAACCAAAGUGGGUAACUGAUUUUACCACUAUGCCACAAUACAACAAGCUCAUUCUGGGAACAGGAGACAGAGAAAUCCAACUGUAUGAGCUGUCCUCUCUAGAACCAUACUGUCAAGUCAGUGGAUUGGAGACUGUUCCUUUAAGGUUAAACUACUGUUCCACAGGCCUUGACGAAUGCAUGAUUCUUUAUGGAGAUGACCAGGGAGCAGUGAACAUUUUAAUAAUGACUUCAGUUGGAGAGACAUUAAGAACGUGGAAGAAGCUACCAAAAGUUGAAAACGUACCGAACAUUGGAAUAGAAAAUGCUGUUCAUUCUCCCAACAUAAUAUACAUUCGGUGGAAGGUACACGAAGAUUGGGUAACUCAGCUAAACUAUUAUGAUUCCAUCCGAUCUGUUAUCUCUGCCUCUAACCACGAGUCUACCGCUUUAGUUAUAGGUUGUACCCUAGGAACCACUAACUUAGAACAACAGAUGAAAGAAGUCAAGGACAUCUGGAAAGAGGGAAAGGGAAAAAGAGGACCUCCACUGAGGAGAGCAGACAGUGAUCAGACUGUGUUUCGAAUCCACAAGGGAGUGAAAAGCUUUGAUUUUUGUAAAGGCCACAACCUAAUAGUGACCGGCGGAAUGGACAGGAUUAUUAGGAUGUGGAAUCCAUAUGUACCCGGGAAACCAACAGGAAUGCUGAAAGGCCACUGUGCACCCGUCUUCCAUCUGCACAUCUCCACAGAGGACAACAGAAUCUUCUCAGUCUCCACCGACAAUACUGUCAAGAUUUGGGACCUUCAAGAUCAGUCCUGUCUAUUCUCAGUUGACGCCAAAACUAGCCGAAUUCGAGGGGAUGUCUCGGCCUGUCUUUAUGCACCAGCCGUUCGAUCUCUUUACAUUGCUACAGAUUCUAUAGCUCUUCUGCCAUUGAGGCUGAAGCCUCAGACUCAACCUCACCUGAUUGUUUCCCAUAAAGAGCCAGUUCUGUGCUGUGCCUACAACAAGGAGUUCAAACAAGUGGUCAGCUGCACAGAAGGAUCUGUAGUGAAAGUGUGGGAUUAUGAGACUGGAAGGCUAGUGUUCGAGUUCUGUGGUGCCCAUGGCGAUUCCUCUAUAACCUGUAUGACCUUUGAUAUGAGUGGUAGAAGGCUUGUAACUGGUGGAAGGGAUGGGUGCCUAAAAAUUUGGAAUUACAACAAUGGUCACUGUUUGCGCACUUUAAAAAAGGAAGGUAAAAGUGACGAAGUAUGUGACUGCAUUUACGUGGCAAUGAACAGGAACACGUAUGUCGUGGCUGUUGGCUGGGAUCGAAAAAUUGACAUAUAUUUUGAUUCAAUAGAUGCCUUUCAUCACAUUCAGAAUCCUCAACCACACUGGCAGGAUGACCUGAGACGUGGCCACACCGAAGAUAUUCUGUGUGUUGCUCAGUGCCCUCCAACUCUGCUAGCCACUUCAAGUUAUAAUGGAGAAAUCAUUGUGUGGAACAUGAUCUCUGGACAUGCAUGCUGCCGGCUCUAUACUCCUACACCACCUGAGUGCAGUGAUGAGAAAGUCAUUGAUAAAAGUGUUUCAAACUUAGUGUUCUUGAAGACACACGCUCUGAAAGUGAAACCUGCUGCCGCGCUAGUUUCCAAUGGACCUCAAGGCUACAUCAAUUUCUGGAGUCUGUUCAGUGAAGGCAAACACUUUGCCACAUUUCAAGCUUCCAAGAUGAAAGUGCAUAUCACAAGCAUGGCUGUGACUGCUGAUGACAGCUUCCUCUAUGCAGCGGACCAGGCCGGUUAUGUGUAUGUUUAUGAUAUUCAGGAGUUUACUCUUCAAGGACCUGAACAGGGACCACCUAAAACUGUGAACUAUUGGCGAGCUCAUAUAGACACUGUCACCAGUUUGGAGAUCAUAGAUGAAGACACAGUGUUACUCAGCUCCUCUACAGACUGUACUGUGCGACUCUGGAGCACAGAGGGAGAGUUUAUAGGUACUUUUGGACAGCCUGAGAGUUGGAACGUUCACACACCAGCUUCCUGGAAGCAUCCCAUGAUCCCUUACGAGAUUCUGGUUGAUCCACUCAGCAUGCCUGUUCACCACAUACUGGAGGGAGAGAGCAAUGCCUUGGAUGUCAUUAACUCAGACCAAACCACAAACAAAGACAUCUUCGACACAAAGCCAGAAUCUUACUACCCUCCCAGAGUUCCCCAAUCGAUAAUCAGUGAUGAAGAUAUAAAAAAAGAAAUUGACAAAAACCAUUACCCACAGGAACAUGGGAAAAGGCUUCGACAUGAAAUAUACAAGCACACAAAUAGAACUCCAAACCAUGGGGGCUCAAAAGCUUAUCAAACCCUGAAGUACUUUGAAGUAACGGACACCCCGCCUACAUGUUCGAAGCCUGAUCUGUCGGCAGCGGGAAUGGACCCUUUUAUAUCAAAUUACACGGAAGACAGUUCUGCCGACAGCUGCUGAUUCCUGCUGAAAGGAAAUGUUGCUGCAGCCGGUGAACGUCGUGUUACCUUCGUAUUCAGAAUUUACUUCUGCACAAAACGUUAUCAAUUUGUGAAGGAUCUCCUGUCUUGAAAUGUUUUAACCUACACUCAGUAAUAGCGCUUAUUGUAUUGAAGUACCUUAUGUGAGUUCAUUUGUUGAUUAUUCUAGAAAAGACUAAUCGGGAAGGGCGAGCUGUAAUAACAGUUAAUGCUUUGUAGCAUUUUGAUGUAGCGUUACAUAGGAACGCACAGAGACUGAAAUUGGGCUGUUUUGCAACAAAAUAAAUAAAUAAAUAAACAGUUACUAUUAUUAUGAAAA